AUUCGAAUGGGGUAUUAAAACCAGCUGCAGAAAGUCAUACAACUAAUUACUGAAAUCAUCUCUUCGCCUAGAAAAUGGAUGCUCUUAUGAAUCUUGAAUCAGUUCUUCGCUCAAAACAGGUCCAAUUGACGCCUAAAGAAGCAAAUGCAUUGCAAUCAUGGAGAGAUCGAGCUGAAAGAGCUUUAUCUGUUGGUGGUCUUGCUGGUUCAGUUACUUCUUGGCUAGUGACAAAAAGGCUUGACAAGCAGCUACGGAUUCUUGUUUCUGCAGGGCUUGGUUCCCUUUCUGGACUGGCUCUACUUAACAGAUCUAUUCACUCAUCUGUUGAUUAUAUGCUUUCACUGCAAGGGAGUCGGGUACAGGGAGAAUUGGCACACAUAAUAUUGAGGAACAAUCAGAGUAAUGGUUGGGCAUAUCAAUACGUCUCCAAGUACUUUUACCCUGAAGUUGUUUUCGUCGAUGCAUCGGUAGAUAAGGCUUUCUAUAGAUGGCGUUACAGAAACACGUCUGGAGAUGCCAUUGCUUCUCAAACACAAAGCACCACGGAAGCCAAUUCACAUGAGAAAGACGCCAAGAUGGUUGCAAAAGAAACCGAACCAGUCUAUGCAAGUACAGGAAGCAACACUGCAGAGAAUCCAUUUGAUCUCAUUUUCGGGUUUCCUGAGAGUACAAAAGAGGUUUCUGAUCAGGCUGAUGCACCCAAAAUAUUGUCGAGGAGGCAGGCACGAAAAGAGAAACGAUUGCACCGCAGGCAUAGGCAUGGCCGUGACGUGGAAUCUGAGAUUUAGCUUACCAAGCAACACCAUGAUGACCGGGUGGGGAGUUGUUGAACAAUCACAAACAAAUGCACUUGCUUUGGAUUGGUGCUGCUUUUUUGCAUUGCUAAGCUCCAGCGCAUUUGGACUUAUAUUUUUAGAGUUUGACAUUUUUCAGUAUCAGCAAUAAUGCAAAAGUGUCAUUUUCGACACUCCCUUAGUCGUCCCACUACAGUUGAGUCAUUUUCAUUUAUGGCAAAAUUCAACACAAUUAGCUCUCUUUUUAAUUACUACUUAUUUUAGGGAUAGUGGUCUUAAAACUACCCCUUCCGAUUAUUGUUAAUAGUGAUAUUUCUUUUCAGCAUAGAAAUAAAAAAAAAUGUUUAGUAUGUUAAGUGAAAAGAUACUCUUUAUGGAAUAAAGUAUGAAACUUUUUUUUGUUAA